UAGUAGUAGUAGUAAUAGUAGUAGUACCGGUAGUUAUUUAUUAUGUGCGAAUUUGUAUUUCUACCAGAUCUUAUGAAGGCAAUGAAGAGGAUUGUUACCAACCCGACAAUUGUGCUUUUAAAACUCACAUUCGCCUGUGACAUAGCUAUCUAUGGUGGAUUUUCGUUCUUCAUUGCCAAGUAUAUCGAGAAACAAUUCGCUGUAUCGGCAGCUACCGCCUCUAUUAUACUUGGUGUGAUAAACUUACCGGGUACUGUGUGCGCUAAUAUUGCCAGUAGUUUUUUUGUCAAAAAGUUAAAGUUAACUCAAGUUGGGCUUUGUAAAAUGCUUGCAAUAUUGUCUACAAGUGCACUUCUUUUUGCCACCCCUUUGCUGUUCAUCGGAUGUCAAAAUCCUGCUAUUGCUGGUGUUACUACAUUUUACAAUACUACUUACAAACAAGGCACUUUACCAAAUGUUAACAACACCUGUAAUUCAAACUGCGCAUGUUCAGAGAAUGUUUAUAAUCCUGUGUGUGGCUCGGACGGAAUAACGUAUACGAGUGCCUGUCAUGCCGGAUGCAUUGAUGUUUGGAAUGAAGAAAUGAAGGAUAUUCCAAAAAACGAUACGAUUUUCAUCGGGUGCAGUUGCAUAAACAAUGGAGAUGUAUGGGAAACUACAGACGGUUUGAUUGAAGGAGGAAUUGCCACUGAAGGUUCAUGUGACUGGACAUGUGAUAAGAUACUUCAAUUUGUCUUGCUUGUAGUUAUUAUUGCAAUUUUUGCUGCUAUGAAAAAUAAUCCAAGUCUUAUGCUGUCGUUGAGAUGUGUUGAUUCAUGUGAUCGUGCACUUGGGAUAGCGUUUGGUGCUGUUGUCAUUAGGGUACUUGGUUUGUUUCCUGCUCCAAUCUACUUUGGCGCCACUAUUUCCAGUGCGUGUCUGAUUCGCCAGGAAUCGUGUGGCCGUGAAGGAGCAUGUCUCGUUUACGAUCUUGAGCGAUAUCGCUACUCAUUCAGCGGACUGUUCGUUGGGUUAAAAUUAUUAGCUGUAGUGCUCACAUUUUGUACAUAUGGCAGCAUAAAUCCCGACCGUUUGAAGAGAGUUCUCCGGGUUGUGUCUACUAUUUCUUUCCUUGCCAGUUUGCUUUUUUAUGUGUAUUUGACCUGUACAUAUCAACAACAUGAUGAUGCCAACUGUAAAUUUGACAGAAAGAACAGAAUUAUUCAAGACAGAGAGAACUGCUAUAGUGCAAUCAUCAACAUAAUAAAGGAGAAAAACCAGGAGUUGUUUUUGCAAGUGCCAUCAACAUUUUUAGCUGAAUACAAAACUCCAUGUUGGUACAAUGGCAGCGACCACCUUAUCUGUCUGCCUUACUUCUACAUUGUCGGUUUCCCAAAGUGUGGCACUACGGACCUCUGGGAUAAGAUUAUCCAGCAUCCCCAUGUUGUAGCAACCAAGUUCAAAGAGUAUCAGUGGUGGAGUCGAAGAUAUGAGCGUCGUGGCCGGUCGCCUGUUGAAACAUUUGCAGGUGGGGACCAUUAUCAACCAUCUUCUCUGGAAUGGUACCUAAGUUCAAUAGGAGAAUCAACAUUUCAAACGAUCCGCAAUAUGAAGCCCAUUAGGCCUAGUCAGACCGUACAUCCAGCAAUUUUCGGUGAUGCUUCCAUGACAACAGGAUGGUUCUUACCAUCUACUUGGUUAGCAGAUUUUGAAGUUGAAGGUAAUCUCAUAGCAACUACAGCUGAUCUGAUUUAUGCUCUUACACCCUCUGCCAAAAUAAUGUUCAUGUUGCGGGAUCCAGUUGAGAGGUUAUACUCUGGCUAUAUUUUUUCAAGAAGAGCCAGCAUUAACAAAUCUGGUGAAGAUUUUCAUGGGAUGGUAGAGAAGGCUGUUAAGUGUAUGUAUGCAUGCAUGAAUACACACACUGUAAGAUACUGUGCUUAUCACACCAACUUAUGUCAGAAUGCAAAUACCAGUCUAGUUGACCACAUACAAGCAGGGAUGUACAUUAUAUUCUUACAUGAUUGGCUGAAAGUUUUUCCAAGAGACCAAUUACAUGUCAUCCUAUUGAACCAUUGGCAUGAACAACCAAUAGAGACACUUCAUAAAGUUUACAAGUUUCUGAACCUUGAUACUUUAGACAAUUAUAGUAUGGCUGUGACAGUAAACAGAUCCGUGAAAAAUAUGCGAUCAUCAAAGGACAAUUUGUUAGGACACAUGCUGCCUAAAACACAAGCAAUUUUGGAAAAGUUUUAUCGGCCAUUCAACUACGACCUUUUUGACUUCUUACUGAUGAAUGGAUGGAUAUCAAGGUGAAAAGAGAUUAAGAUGAUGGUGACAAAGAUGACUGAUUUGAACUGGAUCUCCUGAAAAUAUCUUGCCAUGCAUUCAACUGCAGGAAUAUUUGCUUUUGUUCAUUAGUACCUUCAAACUCAAUUUCUAUCAAAGUUACUGACCUGGGCCAGAUAAAUAACAGCCCUGCACAAAAGGUCACAGUUCAGUUUGUUGCUUAGAACAAUAGCAGCACAAGCGCAGGCAAUAAAUAAAUUUAUUUCUGGCUGCUGAUCAAAAACUGCUGCAACAGCUUAUGAGCCGGUCUGCUGGAGCUCACUAUUGUAUACCGGCCGGUGCCAUCUCACUCAUGAUGUGAAUAAAACAUAAUAUUGAUUGGAGAUAACCUUUAAUACAAUGUGGUCUAUUGUAAAUAUGCUUAUGAUUUUGACCUUCCAACUUCUGAUGUUAAUUGGGGUUAAGUUCAAGAUUUUAUUGUGUUUAAUACUGUACAAUACUAACUAUUCAAAAUGUUGAAUCUCUAUGGUUGAAUUGACAUUACAUAUGCCAAUCUAGAGAGCGUGACUUGUUAUCAUUUUACCAAUAUUAUCAUGUUUACUUAUAAAAGCAACUAUGUUUAAA